UUCAGUGAAAAAACAAUGGGUAAUACAUGUGCAUCGAUAAAAAAAUCUUCAAAACAAUCACAACAACAACAACAGCAAAGUGAAAGUGAAAGAAAAGUUUCAGCCGAAAGUAUACCGUAUGGAACGGAAACAACAACAGCAGCUGAAACAACAACAACAACUAAAACAACAACAUUAACAACAACCCAAACUGCCACAAAAAUUGAAAGCACAAUAUCAACAACGAAAACCACUGCCAAUGCUCAAAUACAUAAAGAUACUCAAUUAGUAAAUACUUAUCAAUCAUCAGAAAUUUAUCCACAAAAUGAACGUCUUGAAGUGACGACCAAUACCGCAACAACAAUCCCAACAACAGCAACGAAUACAAUAACAGCUCCAUCACCUGAUCCAAUAUCAUUAUCGCCAAUACCAACUGCCUCAACACCAUCACCAUAUUCAUCAAGUAGAUAUUCAUCAAUGAGUGGUGGCCAUCAAUCGUAUCAGAACAUAUCUCCAAUAAGUGGACAUAUUGAUUUAAGUCAAUAUACUGAAUCUAUACGAACUGAUUCAUUUACACAAUUAUUUCAUCUUCGAUGUGAUCAAACAACAACAACAUCAUCAUCAAAAGAACAGAUUGGUGUUGAAGAUUUUUAUUUAAUUGCAUUAAGUACAGAAUCAGAUGAAAUUGUUGUUUGGAAUAUUUAUCAACAGAAACCAGUACGUAUAUUGAAAAGUAUACCAAAGCCAAGAGCAAUACGAAUGGUCGAUCAAUUACGUACAGUUGUAUUAUGUAAUCGUGAAUUAACAUUAUAUGAUCUCAAUAAGGCAAAAUUAUUAACUAAGCUCAAAGGUGUAAUGAAUCAAAAAAUGCCAUAUUAUGGUCUACAUAAUAGUAAAUAUGUUGUAGCAUUAUCAAGAAAUCGUAUGUACGUCAAUAUGAUUAAUCUUGAUACAGGAGAUUUGGAAACAACAUUUAAAGCCGGUGAAGAUCGAUUCCUAAAUAGUCUACUUACAUCAGCCAAUGGAAAGAUAUGUGUUUGUGGUGAUGAAACACAAAAACCAUUUCCCUUAUUAGUAUGGGAUCUAUCAAAUAGAAAAUUAUUGUAUGAUUUAAGGAUACCACAUCAUGAAUUUAUUACUAGAUUAUCUGCUAUUAGUGAUGAUGGCCAUUAUGUUGUAUCCGUAUGUCAGGAAUGUAAUACUUCGGCAAAAAAUUUUUUAAUUGUAUACGAUCUUCAAAGUGGUACAUUAUUUAAAAAAUGGAAACCAGAAUAUGAUUCAGUAUCGGUUGCAAUUUCUACUCAAUGUGGUGGAUGUGUUAUAAAUGGUAUUAAAAAUAAUGAUGUACUAGUCUGGGAUCUUUCAACUGGAAAUAUUAAAUACACAUUGUCAGGUCAUACGGCACCACCGGAUCGAUUGGAUCCUGCACCAAAAUCCAAUGUAUUUCUUUCUUAUAAUUCUAGUCGUCAAGAUACACAAUUGCGAAUUUGGUCGCUUGAAAAUGGUAAUUGUUUAUGGACAUUUACACCAGAUAAAGAUAUAAGCUGCUGUACCCUAACACCGAAUGGUAUGGGUAUUGUUUAUGGUUAUGUUGGUGAAAAGAAACUAAAUCUAGCCAUACGUGAAGAUCCUGAUAAGAGCAUCGAUGAUAAUCAAAAAACCAAUCAAUUAUAUAUUGAAGAAAUGUGUUCAAAAAUUAUUCCUUAUGGUGACAAAGAACUUGAUGGCCAUGAAAUUGAUCUCAAUUCCUAAUAUAUUAUUUAUAAUUUUUUUUUAUUCUUCUUUUUGUUUUGUUUGAUUUCCCGUACACCCAGACUCACACACAAGCACAAAUUAUGACGAAAUCUAAUUUUUUUUUGUUGUUGUUGUUGUAAAUCUGUGUGAUUUUUUCCACUGAAAUAUUAAUAAUCAUUGUAUUUAGAA